UCAUGAUGCAAACUGGACUGUCAGUGUAAAGACAACUACAAGGAUCCACAAGCAGGACUGCGUCUGGAGGCGAUGCGACACCUUUGUGAUUCCUCUCGGGGGGGAUUUUAGGUGAAAAAAAGAUGUGCCGUUUUCUUUCUCUGCUGUGGGUCCUGUGCGCCAUGCCGGUAUCCAGCAUUUUCCAGGGCACGUGUCUGAAAAAAGAGGCUCCCCCCGGCGUGUUGGUACUGUCCCCAGGCAGCAGUUUAGUUCUGUCCUGUGAUGGCGAUGUGAGGGUGGAUGGCGCAAAAGUCAAAGUGGCUAAACGCCCUUCCAAUGAUGAAGACUCUUCCAGUGAGACACAGACCGGCAAUGGAGCUUUCAUAAAAACUGAUAGGAACUCAUUGACGGACAAUAGUCACGAGGAAGGAAUCCAGAGUGCUGGACAUGCAUCAUCAUCAUCAUCAUCAACAACAACAUCAUCGUCAUCAUCAUCGUUUCCUAGGCAUCAAGAGGUUCAGCCGACCAGUACGCCUUUGAAGGGGGAAGACGUGGACGGCAGCGAGGGGAGGAGGGACGUAAAAGGGAAGACCAAGUGGAAGUGGAACGGGAAGACAGUGGGGCGAGGACAUUGGGACUGGGACGGCUUCACGACGGGGAGGAGGAGGACACAGCUCUCUGUGACCUCAGUGCGACUGAAGGAUUCCGGGAACUACACCUGUCAGCACAGAGACCGAGAGACGUUCUCUUUGAAGGUCAUUGUGGCCGAUCCUCCAGAAGUUCCCAGCCUGUCCUGCUCCAAAAGGUCACCCAGCAGUAAGAUCCGCUGUGAUUGGACACCUCAGAAGCCGUUGACAUUACGCCCGAGCUGUUACCUCUUUAUCAAUAAAAGGCACAGUGACAGAUUCCAUCGUGUUCAGUGCUCCUUCUCCUCCCAGUGGUCCCGCUGCUGGUGUGUUCUGGAGCACAACGAGGACGAGCUCAGGACACGUCACAUGGCCUACUUGUGCGUCACAAACAUGGCGGGCAAUGCCACCAGCACCAUCUUGCCCUUUUACCCUCUUAACAUUUUGAAGCCGGACCCUCCCUCAGCGGUGUCAGUCCGACAGGAAAUGGGACACGAGACCAGGAUGACGGUGAACUGGGCUUACCCCGUUUCCUGGAAGUCCCAAGACAAUUAUUAUGAGCUUAUCUAUGAACUGAAAUACCAGGCCGUUGGCUCGUCGUCUUCAAGUAUGCAGCUGAUGUUGAUCAAGGGCCGUCGUUUCUUCACUAUCACCGACGCGAUGCCGGGUGUCGAGUACAUGAUCCAGGUCAGAACUCAGGAUGAGUAUGAUGGUCUCUGGAGCAACUGGAGUGCGCCGGUGUAUGGCAGCAGCUGGACUGAUGCACCAACACUGAGCAUGCUGUUCAUGACAUGGACAUUGGAGAGAGAGAGAAAACGCAUCAAUCACAAUCAACAAGAUGUGUUGCGGUGUACCCGCUUGAUAAAAUAUUAUGACAUAUACAUGUGUAUUAUUUCACAAUCAUCAUGUCUCAUUUCAGACUCAAGAACACAAGAGCCAAUGGCUUUGCUGAAUGAAGAUCUCAUGACUAUAACGUUUCCCGAGUAUGAAGGAUCCGGCACGGACGUUCCAUCUGAAGCACUUCCCGAAUCGAGCAUCAGCCCCGUGGCGAUGGUGUCACAUCACAUCCUGUGGGUCUCAUGUUCAUUCGCCAUCCUCGCUGUUAUUUAGGCCGUCUAAGUGUUCAGACACAAAGAAAAAUUCCUGACCAAAUUGCACAGUCUGCGUUUUCGGCGGCACUGCAGAGGACCCGCCCAGCCCAAACCGCCCGCCACGAUUGGACCAGAAGGUCGAGCCCUGGUGACCUUUAACCCCCCCAUGUCCCAAGGAAGAACCCACCGUGGAAGAGGACGCAGAGGAAAAUGAUGCCGAGACGGAGCAAAGUGAAGCCAUUCGCUUCAACAAUACGAACUAUUUCCUCAUGCAGAGAGAAUGAGAACAUAAAAUGUAUUCAGAAUGCCAGGAAAAGCUUGUAUAUGAGGUGGGACAAUAAAGAAAUGAGACUGAUGCCCGUGAAUCAGUUCCAAUUGGCCAAAUGUUGCCCCACAACUAUUCUGAUGUAAUAUCGUUCACUUCUCUCAGUCCGUGCUUCUUUUUCAGGUUUUUCUACAGCACACAAAAGAAGCACAGAGCGAGAAAAAUGAACAAUUUUGGCCAAUUGUCCUUUGAGACUUCUUACUUGCUGCAGUUACACAGCCUUUAAGCUACUCGGUUUUUAAUACAUGUAUGUACUGCUGGAUUGUACAGUGGAUAGACUUUGUACUAUGUGCUCUGUAAAUACUGUAUCUCAUGCAGUACCACACAUUUAUACGUUUGUCAAAUAUUUUUGCAAAAGUCUGUAAAAUAUCACUGAUUGAUGGAAUUCAUGCAAAGUGAAAAUGCAAGGAUAAAGCUUUAUUUUUAUUAUGGAA